AUGGCCGCCAGGGGCAAGAAGGCGUCACGAAAUGGCCCAACUCCUGCGGCGAAGGUGGCCGCCGUGGCCGGUGACGGUAAAGACGUACCGGAGAAAGCCGGCGGCGGCAAAGACGGACCUGAGAAAGCCAGCGGCGAAGGCAGGUUCUUCUGCUGCUACCUCCUCCGGUCCCUCUGCCCUCGCAGCAAGAGCCGCACAUACAUCGGGUUCACGGUGAACCCGCGGCGGCGGAUCCGGCAGCACAACGGCGAGCUCCGAUGCGGCGCCUGGCGGACCAAGCGCGGUCGCCCCUGGGAGAUGGUGUUCUGCAUCCAUGGCUUCCCCUCCAACGUCGCCGCCCUCCAGUUCGAGUGGGCGUGGCAGCACCCGACGGAAUCGCUGGCCGUUCGCAAGGCCGCCGCCGGCUUCAAGUCGCUCGGUGGCAUCGGCAACAAGGUCAAGAUCGCAUACACCAUGCUCAACCUCCCUUCUUGGGAGAACCUGAAUCUGACGGUGAACUUCUUCUCCACGAAGAACAUGAAGUUCACCGUGGGCUGCCCGGCCCUCCCCUGCCACAUGAAGACUGUAGUUAGUCCGAUGGAGGAUCUUCCUUGUUACGACGAGGGCAUUCCAUCCGAGGAGGAUAAGGAGCCUACAGAGGAUGAAGAGCCCGAUGCGACUUCCGAUCAUGGUUUGCAGCCACUGGAUUCAGAAACCGGAACUGCAGGCGGUGAAUCAGACACUGAUGAGUUUGCUCCAACGGAACGGAGUGGGGUACUUUGUAGACCAAGAAUUUCAGAAUCCUCUGCGCCGCAGCUAAUGGAAGAAGAAACCAGAAUUGCAGAGCGUGAUGCUGAAUAUCCCAUUGAUGACCUUGGUUACAUGGAAUGGAACAGAAAUCCCGUUGGUGACCUCGGCUAUAUGGAGUGGAGCAGAAUUCCCGAGACAUUGGAGUUGCACGAAUCUGGAGCAUCACCUCGAUGCUCCUCGAGCUCGUGCAGCGAUGCUGUUGCUCGAAGACCAGUACAAUUUGUGUCAGGGCAAUCAUCUCCAGUGUCGAAGGCAGGACCAAAUGAAACUGAUGUGGUAGACUUGGUUACCCCAGUUGGCCGGUUUGCUAGAGAUUGCAGCAAAGCGGUCAGCAUUUGCCCCAAGAUUAUUGAUCUGACAAACUCCCCUAUUGUCAUUGAGUUAUAAUACUUUGCUGGGCUGACCCAGUACUAAAUCUUGUGGUAGUCAAAUGUUACCAGAGAAUAACAUACCAGAUGAGAAUGUACAAUAGGCAAAUUAGUACAAGAACAUAGGUGUUGAGAACUGGACAAUUGAGUAGUCUUUUCUUGAGACUGAUAA